CGGAGACAUGAGCGCCCGGCCGCCCGCCGCACCCCGGGCGCAGCGGCCCGGCCCCGCCGGCCGGUGAUGGGCUCCUGCGUGUCGCGAGAUCUGUUCACAAGUGCCCACAAAGAUUGCCCGAGGCCCCAGGGCACCGACCUCCUGCACCCAGAUCUGCCCUCCAACCAUCCACUUACCAUUGCCCCAGACCAUGUCACUGGCAAGGACAAACAGAUGGAUUUCUGUUGGGAUCCUUGGCAGAGGUGCUUCCAAACUACCAAUGGCUACCUGUCGGACUCGAGAGCCUGUCCCAGCAACUACAGCGUGGCUGCUCUGGCUACUUCAUCCCUUGUGGGAGUGGUGCAGAGCAUCAAAGACCACAUCACAAAGCCCACAGCCAUGGCCCGUGGCCGAGUGGCCCAUCUCAUUGAGUGGAAAGGCUGGAGUGCCCAGAGGUCAGGCUGGGAGCUGUCCCCUGCAGAGGAUGAACAUUAUUGCUGCCUCCCAGAUGAGCUGCGAGAGGCUCGCUUUGCUGCAGGUGUCGCUGAGCAGUUUGCCAUCACGGAGGCCACUCUGAGCGCCUGGUCCUCUCUGGAUGACGAAGAAUUGCAGCCAGAAGACAGUCCCCAGGAUGCCUUCCAGCUCCAAGACCUGGAGAGCAUCUACCUUCAGGACAGCCUCCGGAGUGGCCUCUCACAGGAUGACAGUCUCCUAGCCUGCUCCCCUGGCCUCACCCCUGAGGAUGUCUGGCCCUCACCGAUGGAUCUCCCCAGCCCUACCCAGCAGCACCGGCAGCGGCUGCCAGGAGGUCCGGGGCCUGAUGGCGGGGGCUGCUUGCAUGGCUCCCUGCCCUCGGUGGACAGCGGCUCCCUCUCAGAGGAAGAAGAUGAGGUGUUCUACAACUGAGGCACACCUUGCUGGCGGGAGCCUAGGCAUACACAGCACCCAUCUAUCACUGGGCAUCUCUUGACUCCUGGGACAGGUACAGGAUAGAGUGUGGCAGGGAUGGGGGCCAUCAUCCUUAUGGACCAUUCUGUGCCUCAGUGGGCCUGCCCCAGGCCUCCUGUUCUAUAUACUGUGCCCCUUCAGGGCCUCUGUCCUCAGACUGUUCCAGGGUUCUUAGCAGAUACCAGGGCAACAGGCCCCAGAAGAGCAGACAGCCAGGGCCCCAGGAAGACACCAUGGAAAGACUGGGGAGCCCAUUUGGAGGGGGCCUGGGGAGCUGGCCCUGACCUGGGUUCAGUCCCUCGCCGCUCAUUCUGUGUAUCUGACCCAUGGAAGGUGGGCUGCUACUUCUGGUGGCUGAGCCAUUCCUCGUCUCUCUUCAGCUUCCGGAGAGGCUGUCUGUCCCUCUCCCUUUCACCGGUUUUCUCUGUGACCCCUGUAUUCCCCAUCCAAGGGAACCAAUGUCCCAUCCCUUACACACCCCCUUUAUUUCCCACAAGGUUCUCUGGUGACAUUAAAGUAGUGGGUUCAUCCUGGA